AUGAAGCACUUGAAACAACCUCAAUGCAGCAUCAAUAAAUCCUAUGCCAAUGUUUGAGUUCUUGGUAUUAGCCAUAAAGAGCCAUGCUCCGAGGCUGCCUCAAAUCCGAGCAACAUGAAACAAGCCGCUUGAAUGUGUACCCCAAGGGUAAUGAUGGUGACAUCCGAGAUCCCACGCGGGCCCCAACAUAUGCUCGAUGCUGAAACCUCGGUCUGCCGUAGUUCACAAGAUGUCAGUUCCACCCAAGUUUUGGUUGAUGAGGGGGAAAGUCAAAGCACAGACUGCGAUCAUCCCCUCGCAAACUAACUUGUGUGAUCACAUCGUCUGAGUUCGUUGGGAAAGCCUGG